CAGCACUGAAAGUGCGAAAAGUUGAACAUUUCUUUGUCGGAAUUUUCUUGGCUUGUCGCAUUUUUGUGGCGUUCAUUCUUUGAAAAAGUGAAAAUUAAAAAUUAAAACAACAUACUUUAAAAUAUAAAUAUGCCUGCAGUUGUACGCAUAAAACGUAGAGUCGAUGAAGAGCCUUUAAGUGCGUUCAUAAUAAAUAGCAAGAAGCGACGCCGUUUAGAUAAUGUUAGUGAGGAAGAUGCACAAGGAGAGGAGGCUGGAGCUGCUGGCGUAGAUAUUGGAUCAGUUAGCGAUAGCGUUAUAAAUGACAAAGAUGGCGAAACUUCAACGGUGCUGAAAUUUGCGGGCACACUACAGGAACAGGAUGAUGGGGCGACUACACAAUUAGCGCGACUUACAAAAGAGGCUGCCAAAGAACUGGUGCAGCAGAAGUCUUUACGAACACCACGCAAUCACACCGAACGUGCAAGGCAGGAAAUGAGACAAGCCUUGCACGAGAAUCGGUUCCGCGUGGUAAAUUGCAUGCGCACCACACUAGAAGACACAGACACUUCAGAAUUGGCGGCCAAGGAAGUAACAAUUGUCGAUAUUGAAAAACAGGAAGCAGACGAACGGGUGUCUAGCGCAGUAACAACGACAGCAACUGGACACUUAAAUUCGCUGCAAGAACAAAGUGAGACAAAAAAUAUGGAGGCGCAAUAUUCGCAAACCCAUGGCGGCAAUAAUACACAACAAUCGACUGAUUCCGACUCCGGCUAUGUGUAUGACUUGUAUUUGCCAGAGAAUGAAUUGCAAGUGGAGUAUGCCGAUAUGAUGGACGAUAACUAUCUAAGGUUGUACUAUCCGUUUAAUUACUACUACAACAACACUUGCUACAACUACUGCUAUUGGUAAUUGACAAUUAAAAUAAUGAGAAAAGUACUAAAUAUAAAAAACAAACAAAAAAACCGAUUGGAUGAAAUGUCCACCAUACGACCAACGAAGGAUAUCGAAGGUAGCCGCAGCGAUGCAACUACAACUAGCAUGCAUAUGAGUAACAAAUUAGAAAUAUGCGGAAGGUGGCAGCAAGUAGCAGCAUUGCCAACUGUACGCCGGAAAAACACCCUCAGAUGCCAAUUUCGCCACAGCACUGCACAAAAAGUGGGAAAUAUAGAAUUUAAAUCCUAUCUCUAUAAAUUAGUUUAAGUAAAAAACAUAUACAUACGUACAAGCUUGCCAAACAUAUGUUUCAAUACGACAAAAUUUCAAUUUGUUUGGAUUUUAUUGGUUCUCCUUUCGAGUUGUUGCAUAAUAGUUUUCAAUAAGCUGCCAAUAAGUAGCAUUUUAUUAAAAUUUGAAAUGCUUUGAAUACUUCGAAAUCUUGAUUUAAAAGAAAUGUUGGAAAAAUCGCAAUUUCUCAAUUUACUAUAAAUAUUAUUGUAUACAAGCUUGUGAUCUCGAAUUCGUGCUUUUUAUUUCAUUCAAUAUUAUUUCUUGUCGUAUGUCCUUUCGUCACCCACAAACAAAUAACUCUCGCAGCAAUUGGUAGUAUCUUUGUUAUAAUUAUAAUUUCGAAUGGCAACGGGCAUUCCCAUCAAAAUUUAAUUAAAUGAAUUUUAUUUUAUUUACUCGUUCUUGUGGGAACGAGGCUUCCUUAGACAGGCAGGUAUAAGCAAAAAUAGGCGCACACUCGCAGCGUGCAGGUCGAAAUAUUAAAAGCAAAUUUUAGACUUAAGUUUUUUAUGCUAAGUAUUGUUUGUAAUAUGCCUUACAUAUAAUUACAUAAUUUUUAAGUUUAUAUAUAUAUAUAUAUAUAUGUAUAUAUAAUAUUUACAUAUUUAUAUUGUAGAGGUCGCGUGCAUUGUUGGGUAACUGAAAAUAAAUACUUGGUUUUCAACAGCCAAAGUCGCAUAGAAAAAUUCAAAGUUAAGAUAAGAAAUUAAAAAUUUAAAAUCCAUAAAUAAAACUCAAAUUUAACACAAGUAAAGAAUAAAAAGUAUGAAUAAAACUAAAAUUUGAAAUAAAAUCGCAAAACAAUA